AUGACACAGAGCAGUCGGCUUUCUGCUGUAAUUGGUUGGCUGCUUUUGCAGACGACUUGCAGUGGUUAUAGUGACGCACACUGUUGGCUUGGCGUGCCUGAUGACAUCAGGGAGCAUUGCUGCAGGUUUGGAAAUCGCAGCUGCUUCACGAGCGAGUUCACUUUUGAACGCUGCUGUCAGAGGUCGCAGGCAGAAAUUCCGCCCAAGCCGAAGCCGACUGAUGGCGCUCCAUGCUUUCACGAUGAAUUCACCUUCGCCCGAUGUUGCGAGUCUGCCGGUGACUUGAAAGUGUUCCUUGGUGAUGGAGGAUGCUUUGAACCGCAUGGGAAAUACACCUACUUGAAGUGCUGCUUUGAGCUGCCGGACUUGGAAGAGUGGAUACAUGUCAACGAGGUCAAGGGCUCCCCAACUUCCGACUACUUUCAGAUCUUUGGCACUUUGUACAUGACUGAGCCGGUCAAGCAGCGGUUUAGACAACGUGGCAUUGCCAUGCCUCCAGCUACCCUUGGUGGCGUCAGCCAUGCUGACGUUCAAAGUCCAUGCUUGAAAAGCGUCUUGUACGAUUCCACGAACGCCCGAUACCAGCUCAUACCUAUGUGGAGCGGCAAAGAGAUCUUUCCUCCACCUCCGAAAGAAGUCACCAUGCUGAUAAAGUUCCCCACCCGGAUGAAGGAAGCUGUUGCAUGCUGGAGCGACACACAGUGCCAACUGCACAUGGUCAAGCUUGACUGGUAUUCCGUUGAUCGACAUUUCUUCCAGGGUGCCUAUGUGCUGACACUCCCUUUUGGUUGUAACCUCGGAGAAGCGGCGGUGACGGUCAUCCCCGUGCUGGCAGAUUCUCGCAUUUUUGGGCCGGCGAUACUUGCAGGUGUCAGCUUGCAGCGGAUCCGUUCAGAGGAUCCAUGCAUCUCGCCACCUCGAACACACGGUGCUCUAGCCAUGUGUGGCAUUGUUUGCGGCCUGUCUCUUGUCCCGUGGAUGUACCACCGCUUCUGGUGGAGAAGCACAUCGGGGGCAUCGGCAUCCGAUAACGCGAGCGACGCGAGCCCCGCGAGCCCGAAGGUGGCUAUUGACAUCCUAAGGCUGCUGGCAACAUGGGUGGUGGUUGACCAGCACAGAGGACAACCGUUUCCAUUCAAAUGGCCCCUCUGCUACAUGACCGGUGCGGAUACCGAAAGGUUGCAAGAUGUGUUCAUUGUCGUGACGGUGCGCUUGAUAUCUGUUCACAGCUUGUCUGUGCAGUCGUUUUCGAUGAAGGUUUUGCGGAAAGUGGCAGUCCAAGCAAGCGUGCAAAUAGCGUUCACACAUCUGGCAAGCUUCUUCGUUCGUCCGGCAUCCCUCCUUUACUGCGGGCAGAAACAUCUCUUCGAUGAGCAACCACGCAUUGCUUAUGCAGGUUGGUUGGAAUGGAUCUUGGCAGCUGUGACGAUGCGAGACUUUGGCAACCCAGAUAGUCGAGGUAUUGAAAUGCUGUGGCCGGUGUACCCGAAUGAUGAUUUUCCAAACCAGACGUGGCCGACUUCGACGUGGUUUGUUUGCUUGGAAUAUUCGCUCUUUUGGCUUCUCGCAGCCGUGACUGCAAUUGAAACUAUGGUACCGCACCUAGUUCCAGCCGGCACACUCGCUUAUUUAGCGUGGAUGUUCAUGGAUCCAGGCCAUCUGCCACAGGUAUGUGGUCACCGCGACUAUUAUCGCUCGUUCUGGUACUGUCGUCUCCCCUCUGCCAUGGUAGUCCACUGUGCCUGCCGUGCCCUUAUGCAGUCCUGUGGGCCUUCAGGCUUUCUCCCACGCCUGUGCACGCCCUUCGUCAUUGUUGCCAUCGGAGUUGCCCUAGCACUGGACACGGCCAUCGAGGGCCAUCCCAGCUGGAAAGAUUUCGGUUUCGGAGAAGAUCACUGCAGGCGGCACUUGCCUUACAUGGUUGCAGGCUUGCCCUUUCAAUUCUUUCUGCUGGUGUUCACAUUCCUCGACAUCAAGCUACCCAAGGCAGCCGCUGUCUGGGUUUGCUACUUGGCCAACUUGAAUUUCUGCGUGAUGGCCUCUCAUCUCUGGGUUAUGAUGUUCUUUGAUAAGUAUGCACCGGAAUUUGUUUCUGCAUGGGCACGCGUGAGAAACGAUGCAGAGGGGCAGCCCUUCGCGAUGCACCAGCUUUUCAUCGUUUUCGUUGUGGCAGCAGUGUUGCAUGGGUUUGUGGCUGAACCGGUGCAGCUGCUGGUCAAAGGACUGGCAAAGUAUACAUGGUUAGCUCUGACACUGGCUUUUGCGCAUCCGUUACUUUGCCUGAUGACCUGGCCGCGCAACCACAGCUACUAUCCCUUGUUCGCUUAUGGCGACAAUCCUUCUGGUGUGGGCCCGCCCGUGCAGUAA